UUACACACUCAGCCAUCACACAGGGGAAAUCACUCAAAGAGCUGACGGAGACACCUAAAGGUCUGAAGAAGUCUACUUGAUUGAACAGUUUGAACCGUCCUAAGAUGAAGACAUUCAGUGUUGCAGUUGCAGUGGCCGUCGUGCUCACCUUUAUUUGUAUUCAGCAGAGCUCUGCUGUCCCAGCCACUGAAGUGCAAGAGCUGGAGGAGCCAAUGGGCAUUGAGAAUCUGGCUGCUGAACAUGAGGAGACAUCAGUGGACUCGUGGAAGAUGCCGUAUAACAACAGACACAAGCGUGGCUUUAAGUGUCGCUUUUGCUGCGGCUGCUGCACCCCGGUGUCUCGGUGUGGAUUCUUGAACAGUUUGAACCGUCCUAAGAUGAAGACAUUCAGUGUUGCAGUUGCAGUGGCCGUCGUGCUCACCUUUAUUUGUAUUCAGCAGAGCUCUGCUGUCCCAGCCACUGAAGUGCAAGAGCUGGAGGAGCCAAUGGGCAUUGAGAAUCUGGCUGCUGAACAUGAGGAGACAUCAGUGGACUCGUGGAAGAUGCCGUAUAACAACAGACACAAGCGUGGCUUUAAGUGUCGCUUUUGCUGCGGCUGCUGCACCCCCGGUGUCUGCGGAUUGUGCUGCAGAUUCUGAGGAUUCCUGCUCCAACAACUACUGUACAAUUCAGAUGUUUCUAAACUUCAUCAUGCUGUAGUUAAUGUGCAUGUACUCAGUGAUGUGACUGCAUCGUCCACUGGUUUUGCUAAAUAUCUGAUACUGCUGUGGAUUGUCACAAUAAAGUUGAAUGUCACUAUAUGAAA